AUGUAUAUCCAUUCUGGAGGAGAUGAUUAUUAUUUACCUCCAUCAGCUGAAAGAGAUGACUCUUCAGUUCAUUCUGGAUCGGAGAGGAAUGAUUCAUCCAUGUUGGGUAGUAUACCUGAAGAUAUCGAUGAUGAUAAUCUUGGUAUCAAGGAAUAUGGAAGUUUUGCACCACAGUCAAAACAAGAUUUCUCCUCUCCAGUAUCUUUGAGACCUCCAGUUAGAUUCCCUACACCUACUGUCCCUCUGCCACCUUCUCGUCCACCAACUCUCCAAUCUCUCUCUAACCCAAGACCUUCACUCCCACCAUCUGUUGCUAAUACUACUAAUGCAAUUUCAACACCAUCCCAACAAUAUCCAUCAAGUCCUUCCAAUACAUUCCAAGAAUUCGUAUCAGGUGAAGAAUACAAGAGACCUGUUAUUCUUUCUCCAUAUGAUGAUUCACAUUUCCAUCUUGUUGAUGAAAAGAGCCGAGUUAAACAAUCGUCGCCUCCUAAAAAAGCAACCACUUCAACAAGUACCACAUCAAAGACAACCAAUUCAAGUACUACUAGUAACAGUAUUAAUUCUACAAAUCAUACAUCUGCUGCUGUUACUUCAGUUAAAUCAUCUAAUGGAACAACAACAACAUUUGAGCCAAAAAACAAUCAAGUAGGUCUAAAGACACUGCUGGCUCAAAAACAACAACAAAUGCAACAACAAAAAGAAGACAAAAUGGAAACUGAUGAAAAAACAAAGGAAGAUAAGAAGGAAGAAAAGGUCAAGGAAGAAAAGCCUAAAAAAACCACUAAGACAUCAAAGAAAAAAUCUAAGAAGGAUUCAGAUUCAGAAUCGGAAUAUGUGGAUGAAUCGGAAUCAGAUGAAUCAGAUAAAAAACCAUCUAAAAAGACUAAAAAGAAGGAAAAGAUUAAGAAACCAACCAAACCAAAAACAACCAAAAAGGAAACUAAAAAAGAGGAAGAGAAAAAGGAAACUAAAAAGGAAACUAAAAAGGAAACCAAAAAGGAAACCAGAUCAAGUAAGAAGGAUAUUACUAUUCCAAGUCCUAAGCGAACACUAGAUCCGAGUGGUUCAGAGAAUGAAACCAACGGAGGUGAUGAGCCAAAAUCUAAAAAGAAUAAGAUUACAUCAUCAAUAAUUGAUGAACCAAUUACUGCUACUAUUACUACUAAACCUAGUGUGGAGACAAUUAGUGCUCCUGUUGUAAAAACUACAAGUCAAAUUGUUAAAGAGAAAUUAGAGGCCAGAAAGUCUCAAACCAGACCAAACGAAGAUCCUCCAAAGAAGAAAUCUGAAACAAAACAAACUCUUGCCAAGAAACAAAAACAUACUGCUGAUGAUAAGAUGAAACAAAAGAAGAGUUCAGAGGCAAUUUCGUACUAUCUGAGAGCAGGUAUCUUGUUUAGUGAAGGUGCUCACUUUUCAAAGGAAGCUUAUUUGAUUUCAUCCAAGGAAAACAAACAAACUUAUUUCUUUGAUGCAGUCAAUUUACUACAACAAACUGUUGCCUACUUGAAACAAAUUGCUAAAAUGGCUCUUCAACAUGGUGAAAUUCAAAAGGCUGCUCUCACUCAUCUGCUGUUAUUCACAACUGUGAAAGUGUGGUUCAAGCUGAAAUCAGAAACAAUUGUAAAGUAUAAGAAUUAUUUAAUGGCAAAAGUUAAUGAAUUGGGAGGAGCCUCAACAGGCAAUAGUCAAUCAACUUCUCCAGCUGUGACAUCCCCUCAAUCAGUCUCGACUCCUUCACCAAUUCAUAGCUCCAUGAAUGCUACAGAAGGUAUUCAGAAAAAGGAAGUGGAAAAACUUUGUAAAGAAUUAGACGUUGUUUCCCAACUUGCUGAACAAGAAGAUAAUUUAAAUCUUCAACUCAAGAACUUUGCUGUAUACAGAGAAGAUUCCGAACUAAUGAUUCGUGUCUAUCAGGGAGAUCUCAUGUUUGUCACAAUGUUCAUUGAAGAAGAAUUGAUAAAACUAGAUGUGUUUUAACAAUCCAAUAACAAUACAUUCAAUAACUUAUUUAAAUGCAACAAUAAAUAUAUAAGAUGAUUUAUU